UCCCUUCUCUCUCACAGACACUGCCUUGACCGUGCUUUCUCUCUCAUCUGUCUCUUUCUUUACUUUCUCUCUCAUCCUUCAGUUUUUGGUAGAGAAAACCACUCUUUGAAAUCACUUCUUCUCUUUUACUCUUUUAUUUAUUUAUUUUUAUUUAUUUUUUCUUUUUUUGUAUUUGUACUGACUGACAUUCUCAGUCAGUCCGAUUGUGGUACCAGCUUACUCUAAAAUUGUUUGUCAGUGGGGUUUUUUUUUCGGGUUCAUCUUACUUAGUUUCCCCACUUGAUUGUUGUUUGCUUUUGUGGGUUUUGUUUCUCUCUUGGGGAGGAUCUAGUACGGAUUGCUUUUUGAUGUGUGGGUUGAGGUUUGAAUUUGUUUGGUUUGGGUGCUUUUGUGGGAAGUUUGAUUGAGGGGUCGGAGGGGGGUUUUGAUUUUGAGGGAUUUUGGGCUUAAACCCUAAAAGUACUCUGUAUAUGAGAGGAUGGAUAUUGGGUUGGUUUGAUUUUGGGGUGGGGGAGAUGGGAGAGUGCGGUGGGGUUGUGAGUGAUUGCGUCGGGUUUAGGCAGCGGAGGAAUCUUCUUAAUGUUAUCGGUUGAGAGUUAUGAGUUUCAGGCAGGGUUCUUGUCCUGUCGAUUAGGGUUUUACUAUUCUUUUUAUUUUGAUUUUUUUUGUGGUGUGUGUGUGUGUUUUGAGUCUGUUUUUAGCAUAGGGGGAAGCUUGAUAUGAAGCUUUCAACAUCAGGGUUUGGUCAGCAGGAUCACGAAGGAGGGGAAAAGAAAUGCUUGAAUUCAGAGCUAUGGCAUGCAUGCGCGGGGCCCCUUGUGUCCCUCCCAACUGCUGGGACUCGGGUUGUCUACUUCCCUCAGGGUCACAGCGAACAGGUUGCUGCCACGACGAACAAAGAAGUUGAUGGCCAUAUACCGAAUUACCCGAACCUACCUCCCCAGUUGAUAUGUCAACUUCACAACGUUACAAUGCACGCAGAUGUGGAGACGGAUGAAGUAUAUGCGCAGAUGACAUUACAACCAUUGACUGCACAAGAACAAAAGGAUACGUUUCUACCCAUGGAAUUGGGGAUUCCAAGUAGACAGCCAACAAAUUACUUUUGCAAGACGUUGACAGCAAGUGAUACAAGCACUCAUGGAGGAUUUUCUGUACCUCGUCGUGCUGCUGAGAAAGUUUUUCCUCCACUGGAUUUCUCACAACAGCCACCGGCACAAGAGCUGAUUGCGAAAGACCUUCAUGACAUCGAAUGGAAGUUUAGGCAUAUUUUUCGAGGACAGCCAAAACGACAUCUUCUUACAACUGGUUGGAGUGUGUUCGUUAGUGCCAAAAGAUUGGUAGCUGGGGAUUCGGUUCUCUUUAUAUGGAAUGAAAAAAAUCAGCUUCUUUUGGGUAUACGCCGUGCCACAAGACCACAAACUGUGAUGCCUUCUUCUGUUUUAUCAAGUGAUAGCAUGCACAUUGGACUCCUUGCUGCUGCAGCUCAUGCUGCUGCAACAAAUAGCUGUUUCACAGUGUUUUACAACCCCAGGGCUAGCCCAUCAGAGUUUGUCAUCCCUUUGACAAAAUAUGUUAAAGCUGUAUUUCAUACCCGCGUUUCAGUAGGAAUGCGUUUUCGGAUGCUUUUUGAGACUGAAGAGUCAAGCGUUCGAAGGUACAUGGGUACUAUAACUGGAAUAAGUGAUCUUGACCCUGUUCGCUGGCCGAAUUCUCAUUGGCGUUCUGUCAAGGUUGGGUGGGAUGAGUCAACAGCUGGAGAGAGGCAGCCAAGGGUAUCGUUGUGGGAAAUCGAGCCUUUGACUACAUUUCCUAUGUAUCCGUCUCUGUUUCCACUUAGACUGAAACGUCCAUGGCAUCCUGGAGUGUCUUCUGUUCAUGAUAACAGAGAGGAUGCAUCAAAUGGCUUAAUGUGGCUCCGGGGAGGAGUUGGGGAACAGGGUCUACACUCACUGAAUUUGCAAUCUGUGAGCUCUCUGCCCUGGUUGCAGCAGAGACUUGAUUCUUCUAUGUUUGGAAAUGAUCAUAAUCAACAGUAUCAAGCCAUGUUGGCUGCUGGAAUGCCCAACCUUGGAGGUGUUGAUAUGCUGAGGCAGCAAAUUAUGCAUCUUCAACAACCUUUCCAAUAUAUUCCACAGGCAGGCUUCCAUAACUCUCUAUUGCAAAUGCAGCAGCAGCAACAACAGCAGCAGCAGCAGCAGCAGCAGCAAUUGGUUCAGCACUCUAUGCCUCAAAACAUUCUGCAGGCACCAAGCCAAGUUAUGGCAGAAAAUCUACCUCAGCACAUUCUUCAGCAAACUCUACAAAAUCAACCUGAGGAUCUGCCAAACCAACAGCAGCAUACUUAUCAUGAUACCAUUCAGGUUCAAAGCAAUCAAUUUCAUCAGGGUGGGCAUUCAAAUGUGCCAUCACCCACAUUUCCCAGAACAGACCUUAUGGAUUCCAACACUAGUUACUCCGAAUCCAUUACCUCUAGAAGAAAUAUUCUUGCUUCAUCAUGUGCUGAGGGGACAGGAAAUCUCUCCACCAUCUACAGAAGUGGGCAGUCAAUCCUAACUGAGCACUUACCUCAACAAUCUCCUGUUUCUAAGAAUGCUCAUUCACAAGUUGACGCUCACCCAAACUCUAUGUCAUUUCCACCUUUUUCUGGUAGAGACUCAAUUUUGGAGCUGAGAAAUUGCAAUUCAGAUUCUCCAAGUCCUACACUUUUUGGUGUAAAUAUUGAUUCAUCUGGACUUCUACUUCCUUCUAAUGUGCCCACUUACACUUCUCCAUCAAUUGGUCCUGAUUCAUCCUCAAUGCCACUGGGAGAUUCUGGAUUUCAGAAUUCUCUUUACAGUUGUGUCCAAGACUCUUCUGAGUUGUUGCACAACUCAGGGCAAGUUGAUCCAUCAAAUCCAACUCGGACAUUUGUAAAGGUUUACAAAACCGGGUCUGUUGGGCGCUCACUAGACAUCUCUCGGUUCAGCAGCUAUCAGGAGCUGCGAGAGGAACUGGCUCAGAUGUUUGGAAUCGAGGGACAGUUGGUGGAAGACCCUCGUAGAUCAGGCUGGCAGCUUGUAUUUGUCGACAGGGAGAAUGAUGUACUUCUCCUUGGAGAUGACCCUUGGGAGGCAUUUGUCAAUAAUGUCGGGUUUAUCAAGAUACUUUCUCCCGAGGACUUUCAGAAACUAGGGGAACAGGCGAUCGAGUCCUUUAACCCUAUCGUUGGUCAGCGACUUACCAGUGGUGGCAAUGAAGCUGGAAAUGUUUCGGGAUUACCGUCUGUUGGUUCGCUAGAGUAUUGAAACUUGUAAGGGAGUUGUUUUGCAAGGUUCGAGAGACGUUUACUACGGAACUUGCAAUUAAACUAGAUAUGCAGUUGGAAUGCCUUCAAAUUAGAUCAGUGUGUGUAAACUGUUUUGUAUUCAUAAUUCCUUUUGCUUAUAAGUACUCUAAAACAAUUAUGAUUUCCAAAGAUUGUGGUUAAAAUACAUGUACGUGGUUUACUUAGAUAAGAAAUAUAACACGUUGAACAUUUUUAGCAUUCA